AUUUUGAGAAGUACAAAACAAAGAGAGUACACUUUAAUUCUAACAUGCACGGUUGCACAUGAUGAACAUGCUAAAGAUAUUUUUCGAGGAGGCGAAAAUGAGUUGAAUUUCAAUCAUGGGAAAUGGAUUGUUCGUUAGCAGAUGAUCAGUACUCAAGCACCCCUAAUUUGAGUCUCAGAACCCCUAAAAUUGGAAGGAUUAUUUUUGCUACUUAACCUUUACAAGUGUUCAGUCCACUGCAGUUUAGUUUUGUGCAAACUUUUUCCAGGGCGGGCUCGGGCGGAAGCACCCCCAGUCAUGUGAUGCUCAAAAUCAGCAGAGUUUGAAGUGGAAAACGGGAGGGGUGGGUUUUUUUUUUUUUUUUUUUUUGGGGGGGGGGGGGGGAACAACGGCGGCAUGGAAAAAGACAGACCACCGACUCGGAAGUCAUUGCAAAAGAAGAACGAGAAAACACCCAGGAGGGUUUGGGCUCCGCGCAUUUUACGCACGGCGCAAUUUCUGCAUCCCGACGAAAACAGCUGAUUAGGAGUUUCAGUGGAAGUUCUGAGGAGGAGCAGGAGGAGGAGGAAGCUGAGGAGGAGGAGGAGGAAGAGAGAGGGGGGGGGGUCAGAACAUAAAUUGAAAGAAGUGCGAGAAAGAGGAAGGACAGCGGUCCUCCUCAGCGGCAUCGCAGAUUGAAUCACCCACGCGGCAGGGAAGAAGGGAGGCAGGCGCACGAGACCAGGAGGCUGAGAGGCGCUCCGUCGGCGCCGAGUGGCCGCUCGGACGUGUGUCGGCAGCUAACCCCCCCCCCCCCCACCCCCCACCCCCGACGCGGACAUGGAGCAGCACAACCGCGGACCGGCGGCCGCCCGCCACCUUUCCACGCCCGAAUCGAACUGAUUUGCUUUUACUCUUCGGAACGAGCGAGGCGGACGUACCCGGGAGGAAUCAAACGGCGCACUUUAAAAGGUCGGUUUUGGCAUUUCGACAUCAUCUUCAGUGACCCCCGCCGCCCUCCCGUCCCCCAGUAAAAGUGAAUUACUGCGUUUGUGCGCGUGCUGGGAGCUUGUUUUAAUUCUCAUAAAGACGAAGGAUUUCCGAGCACACUAAUGGGUCAUUUUGGUGUGUUUUGCAAGACAUCAGAAGUAGCUGGGAAGAUGCAAAAAAAAAAAAAAAAAAAAGCACAUUCACGGAAAUUCAUUCUUUAAAAGCAUUUUUUGGAUUAUUAAAUAAAGGUUGUGCAUAAUUAAAAGGGGCUGCAUUUGGGUGAGCGCUAAAAACCCAAAAAGUGGCAGCAAGCGGUUUCCUUUGCAAGUCUCUGCCAUCAACUCGCCAGUCCAGUCGGAAGUCCUGUUUCAAAGUCCGGGACUUGCCUGACCCCCCUCAACCAAAGAGUAUCCAAAAGUGCGGGUACUCUCUGGUACCAGACCAGAAGGCCGUAAUAGAAGCUUGAUUUGUUGGAGGGGACAGCAAAAGUAACUUUGUGGAGUUGUGCGGCGCAAGGAACUGGUUUUACAUAUCGUGAAGCGCCAUCGCACUUAUCCGGAAUGGCACUGGGGUAUUUCUCCGCAUUGUCUUGUGAACUAUGCAAAAAAUCUUUUAACUGGCUUAAUGUGGUGUUCAUUUCCAAUAAGCGUGGGGUCGUCUGCGGCGGUGGGAGGGGGUUUCACUAAAUACACAUCUGCUGGAGGUUUUUUCUUUCUUUUUUUUUUUUUUUUUUUUAAUCACAUGCCCUCAUCCGGCUCCCGAAAGUGUUUCCAGAGUCGGUCACGGCAAAUUAAAUGACUUUCAUCCUCUUUUAUCCCACAGCUAUCAAGAGAAGAGCAACGAUUUUUUUUUUUUGGUGCCAUCCCUCAUCCGUGAGCCAUGAGGAUGGCGCGGGCGCACGCCACCGUGGGACUGCUGCUGCUUCUCACGUGGGCAAUCGCCGGCGCCGCGCCGACGACGACGGCGAGAGUCGGCCCAGGUUGGAGGCGCGCGGAGGGGGAGCGGAACCGCGGUCGCCCCGAGACCGAGACCGCGACCGCCGCCGGGACGACCUCGGUCGGAGCCUCCUGGAGCCGUCGCAGGAGCGCCGUCACCGUGAUGACCACGACGUCCCACGGGAAGUGGAAGGAUUCAAAGAGAUCAAAAACGGACAGAAGGGAUCGGACUUUCGCCGGAUCGCCGCAAGAUCACCGAAGGAAAGAGAAAUACCUGAAACAUAUCACGGGUCAGCUCUACUUCAGCCCCCGGUGCUGGAAACACGUGUACCACGUGUACUACCACACCAGAGACUGCACGAUACCUGCAUAUAUCAAAAGAUGCGCGCGGCUUCUCACGCGUCUUGCCGGCAGCCCCAUGUGCACGGGGAGCUAAGAUGAGCAAGGGUCCAAGCUAAACACCCGCUAUCCAGAACUCCGAUGGGAAACGUGCUUCGGACAUUGGGAGCGCCAUCUGAACAAAAACACUGAGACCGGCCCUGUUUGGUGAACUCGGACAUAAAAAAAAAAAAAAAAAAAGAAAGAAAAAGAAAAAGUGUCCUUCUCCUGAAGUCCACUGGCAAUAUGGACGCCGCUCAAAGACAGAAAGAAGCCACCGGCACGCAGAACCCUUUCAAAUAUUUUGCUUUACUCUUUCAAAGAUGGAGACGAGAGACGUGAGGACGGACUUUGAGCUUGCCCCCUCCCCAAAGGACUAAAGGACAUUGACUCGCUUGGCCCGAGCGCCUACACGAGAUGCUCACCAGACACGAACAACGGUGGGAAGCCGCAAGAACAUUCCCCCGGUUUAUAUUUAUAUAUUUGAAAAGCUUUGAGUGGCGGCCGCAAGCAUUUCCACGUUUGUGUGUGUAAAUAGUGUCAAACAAAACCGAUGACAUUAAAAAAAAAAAAGUCAGGCACAUAAGCGGUAUAUAUGAUAUAUAAAAGCAAGAUAUAUUUAAAUAAAUUAUAUAAUUGGUACAAAAAGCGAGGGGUCUUUUUUCUUUGUUUUGUUUUUCCUCCUACGUGACUGCUAAGGAAAGCGCUGCCAGCCUCGGUGAUGGAAGUGCUUUUUUUGGAGCCGUUUUUCAAUUGGUUUUUUCCACCCGCAGUCGACCCGCGCCCGUUGAUCGACCGCUUAUGAGCGUUUGGUCGGAGCUCUUCACGAGUCCGCGCGUGCGCAUGCGUCGAGCGUUUUGCUUUCUUUUUCCUUGGAACGGCGUCGGUUGAGGAUAUGUUACAUUAGAGACAGCUGUCACGUUAAUGGCCAAUCAAUGAUAAUGUCCGAAUUGUACUAAUGGAUUUCCAAUGCUGCGAGCGCCCUCCAGGAAAUACACUUUGUUGUGUGUGGUGGCAGAUCCUGAAGCCAUGCAGCUGCAGUCAGGAAUAGUAACAAGAUGUACAGAGUGGGAUUUUUUUGUUUUGCUUGAAAACAGGGGAAGGGAGAAAUUGCCACGCUGCUUGAGGAUAAUCCCUUUACAGUAACUGCACAUUACAACUUCACUUCCACUUGGACAAAAAGAGAUUUUGAGGCAGAGUGCAGUAUUCAUACCCUGAAAAACGAAGUCAGUGACAUGACAUCCAGCCAUCGGUCAUUCAAAGCGGAACCUCCUGAAUCAAACGCAGUCCGUUUCCGGACAUGCGUCCGACGCUGAAACUCUUUGUUCCCCCUCAUAGAAAAAUAAAAAGGAUAUUUCACGCUCCCUUCCUGUGACCUUAAAUGACAGUGAUCAGACUGGCUUCAAUGAGUUGGAGGUCGGCAAAAUACAGUAUUUACGGCUUUUGAUAGGACCAGGACUUUUUUUUUUUUUUUUUUUUUUACAUUCAAUAGUCACAGAAAUCCAACUUUUACGUUCUUGAACCCUUGGAAUGCCAAACGGUUCCAUUUUCCAGUAGUUUAUUCCAAAGCUUGUUUUUCGACAACAGGGUGCUGAGGGGCAAAACUCACAAUCAGUUUUUGAUCCGUGAAUGUACCAAAUUACUACAUUUCCUGUUGCAAUUAGAAAAAGUAAUUGUCAACAGUCUGAACACUGAACAGUCU